ACAAGUGUGAAACGUCCACUAUCCUUUCUCAUCUCAAUCUGUAGCCGAUUGUACAGUUCACAGCAUCUGAGCAUGAAAUCACCGAUACUGGAAAUAUCCGUGACCCCAACUGCGGUGGUUGGGGACGAGCAGCGGUGGUAUUAUCUGUGCCGGUGGCGGCGGCGGUGGGCCCGACAUCAGCCAACGCGGCGGCCGGUCCGCGCAGAUCCGCACCUCACCGUGCGCGCCCAAGCCCCGCCUACCGUCCCGCCCUCGGCCGCGCUUGAGUUGGAGCCGUUUCCACCACAUUUAGUGUCAUUUACAUGGGUGAGUGCCGAGCGAGAGCUGUGUAAUCCAGUGUCGUUAUUCGCGAGCAGCAAACGGAGCUGGCUGGCCAGAUUUAAGUUGAACUUUGAUUGUGCACCGUGCCGUGAAGCGCGAUUAGAGCAUCUCGCCGCCUCAGCGACCAAGACGCGGACAGAGGGAGCCGAGGUCGCCUCCCCAGCCGGCUCGACUCCCAUGCCACACAAGGAGGAGCCGGGCCUGACCACUGUGUCCCGUGUCAUGUCAGGUCACAGCGGGGUCAACCAGCUGGGGGGCGUCUAUGUCAACGGCCGCCCCCUGCCCGACUCGACCCGACAGAAGAUCGUCGAGCUCGCACACUCCGGUGCCCGGCCCUGUGACAUUUCACGCAUUCUCCAGGUCUCCAAUGGCUGUGUCUCGAAAAUUCUCGGCAGGUACUACGAGACGGGCUCCAUCAAGCCCCGUGCCAUCGGCGGCUCCAAGCCCCGCGUGGCCACCCCUCUCGUGGUCAACAAGGUGGCCGAGUACAAGCGCGAGUGUCCCAGCAUCUUCGCGUGGGAGAUCCGUGACCGGCUACUGUCCGAGGGAGUGUGUUCCAACGACACCAUACCCAGCGUAUCGUCCAUCAAUCGUGUGCUGCGGAACCUGGCGACGCAGAAGGAUCAGCAGCAGCACCAGCAGCAGGAGAGUGUGUACGACAAGCUGCGCAUGUUCAACGGCCCCUCGGCGGCCGGCUGGGCCUGGUAUCCGGGCGGGCCGCCGCCCUCCCACCUGACGCUGCCCCAGGCACCCGCGCACGGUCUGCCCGCCCAGCUGCCCACGCGCGACGACAUCAAAAGAGCUGAUGGCGCCAGUGAGCCCACCUCGGACGGCAACUCGGAGCACAACUCAUCAGCAGAGGAGGACUCCCAGCUGCGCCUGCGACUCAAACGCAAACUACAGCGCAACCGCACGUCUUUCACCAAUGAACAAAUCGAGUCAUUAGAAAAGGAGUUCGAACGGACCCACUACCCGGACGUGUUCGCCAGAGAGAGACUGGCCGAGAAGAUCGGACUUCCCGAGGCCAGGAUACAGGUGUGGUUCAGUAACCGGCGGGCCAAGUGGCGACGCGAGGAGAAGCUGCGGAACCAGCGCCGGGGUAUCGACUCGGUGGGCGCCAUGCCGCACCACGCCUCGCCGGGCGGCCGGCUGCCCUCCCAGCCGGGCUUCAACUCUAUGUACCCGUCCAUUCCGCAGCCCAUCAGCAUGGCUGACACGUAUAGCUCGAUGUCCCAGUCGCUGGGCGGCAUGAGCUCGGCAGCAGCCGCCGCGGCCGCAGCUGCCGGCGCCGGCUGUCUACAGCAGCGCGAGACGCCCUACCCCUACAUGUUCGACCACCUGAGCACGCUGGGUAGCAUGUCCUCUGCGGCUGCCGCCGGCUACGGACGCUCCUCCUGCAACAUGACCCCGCAGAGCUCCGGACAUGUGGGCUACCCCGGCUCGGCGGCAGCGGCGGCGGCAGCAGCAGCGGCAGCGGCCGCCGCACCGGCUUCAAACGCAGCCACAGGUGUUCUGUCGGCUGGCCUGUCUGUGCCGCUGCAAAUUCACAGCCAGAGCCAGCACGACCUGGCCGCCAACUACUGGUCUCGGCUCCAGUAGCAAGCAGCCGCCGCCGGCCGCUGGUGGUGACACGAGAUUGAUCCGGCGGUCGGCGGUUUUAGUUGCGCUCCAGCGCAAGCGAGCUAGGAAGUUGUGGAUCUAGACACGGGCUCGGCAGCGGAGACGGGUUCGUUUGGGAUAUUUCUUUAGUCGACGCAUCGCUCGGAUCGGGCGUAUCGCGGCGGAGGAUCUUCUCGGAUCGGUGAAUUUCUGAACCGGGACCGACAGUGACUGGGAAUCUCACGGAGUCGAGCGCCGGAGAUACGAGUUCGGCUCGGUCACUGGCACUCUGAAACGGAGUUCGGCCCAAACCACGGACACUGGACCAAGUAUGGCCAUUGGCCUGCACCGGGACUGGAUCUCAUCCUCGGAAAUGAGUUGAUCCUUGCUACAAGCCUCAGUGAUGCCCGCCCUCAGAACUGGAGCCGAGUGACCCAUUGGACCGUCCCGAGUCGCUCAGUCACCUGUCCCGCUGCCGGUCCUUGCGUUUCCCGGUCCACUCGUUCCGUUUCCCAGCCCGCCCGUUUCCCGUUUCCAGGUCCGUCCUGGUCGCCAUACUGACGACCUUGUCCAGCGUCACACAAUAGUGGGUCGGUGGCCGGCGGGUCGCCCCUCCCCUCCCCAGUUCCCGCUCCGCCCCGCCCCGCAGUCGGCCAUGACUGCUGUGCUUCGUCAACCAGAGGGCGGUACCUGAGGGGUCGCCGCACGCGGAGGGGGGGGGGGGGGAGCCUGUUACACAGGUGUGGGGACAGAUGCGUACUACAGAGCCGCAGGGGAAGGGGAGGACAGUGGCUCUCCAAAGAAAUGAUAUGCGUUGACGUAGCGUUUUACGGCGCGAAAUGUGUGACAAGGUACUGACAGAUCAUUGUUUACCGGGCUUCUCAAAAAAGUUAGACGAUUUUAUAACUAACGUAUUGAAGGGUGUAUCAGUGUAACAAAACAUAAUUGGGUAUCACCUAAAAGCCUCAUCAAAGACAUUUCGUUUGAGGGGAUUUCGAUCCUCGGUAGUCGCCUUUCUGAGCCGCGCCGAGGUCAUGUUCGAGAUGAUUUCCUUUUUGCUCGAUGCACAGUUUAGCCCGGCGCAGCGCGACCUCUGCUGCAGCACGACCUACGGAAAGCUGCAGACGGCACACCGCUGACUUCACUGCAUCCUUAUGAUCUUCGGAACUUUUUGGGUGGUUUCGGUACACCUGAGACUUGAGGUGGUCCUAUAGGAAAAAGUCCGGUGGGGUUACGUUCGGAGAAAUCGCCGACCACGGGCGUGUCUCGAACCUCGAGAUCACGCGCUACCCGAAGCGCUCCCACAGCCCCUUCCGUUUUUUUUUUUUUUUAAGCGGUAUUGGCGUGGCAUCGUCUUGCUGGAACCAUUGGAUCUUAAGCGUUUCCGGAUCUCUGCUCAUCCUGAUAUUGCAGAACCUUCCAAAACGUCGCCAGAGCCACCCGAUAUCGCUGACCAAUGACAGUCUGAAUAGCGCAUCUCUCGCACGAGUGGUGUUCGCCGUGAGCCUUUGAUUGGGUUUAUGGCCGCCGCUGUGUUCCUUGAAUUGCGUGAACCUAUUGUUAACACUUCCUCGAGCCAGAAACUUGUCAAUAAUGUGGAAAAUUUUGUUUCAAGUGUUGCUCUCUUUGCCCUAAAGUGUUUGCGGAUCUUCCGUGGUGUCGAACCGACCGACUUAGUCUGGGAAAGCAUAAUUUUACGAGUUUUGCUUUUACUUCCUAAGACCACGGCUUCAUUUUUUAAGCUCAAACCAUGGUGUCAUAUAAAUCUACGAAAAAUUCUCCGUUUUUCCACGUGCAUUGAUUUUGCCUAAAUGUUGUUAGGGGUCCUCUAUUCGCAAAAGAAAUCCGUCUAACUUUUUUGAGAAGCCCGGUAGCUCGUGUUUAGGUGCUUCGCUUUUGACAAUGUGUUUUUAAUCGAUUGGUUUUAUGUGGAAUGGUGCGAUUUCUUAGCUACGUGACUUGGACAAACACACUUGCUUUGGAAAAGAUGAUUCAUUAUCAAUCGGUUUAUUUUUUAUUGAAACAAAGCCGGGGCUGUAGGGAUAUUCGCCCCACAGUUCUCAGAAGCAAAAAUGGACAUUGCUGUCGAUUUGUUCCACCGACCAGUCAAACUUAGCUGCAAGGCCAUUUGGUUGCUGAAUAGGUCCAUUCUUUAUGUUAGGUAUUCUCAAUUGACGUUUCUUGCACGGCACGUAACAUAACACGUGCUUCCCUAGAAUAAUAACAAAAAGUGCACAAAUGAAAGAGGUGCAUGCAAAGACAAAGAUUCAGGUAUCAUGCACAAAUGAAGAUGGCAAAUGCAUGCAUGUGGUGUCAAUUUUAAUGGUUUCAAACAAGUGAAUCAUAAAAAAUCAUUACACAAUGGGUCACCGUGAUUGAACUAACAUUUCUUUUUUCUAAGGCGGGGAGAUAACAGGUCAAACACGACAUUGCAGCGUACCGUUUGAAUCAAUAACACAUUUGCUUUUAAAUACCUAUAAGGUAAAAUCACCUCAACAAACCAAACCACGAUGCAUGCCGCUAAACCAGCAGCGAGCUGCCUUUGUAAGCCACCCCGUUAACAAACAUGGGGUCAUGCUCAGCGCCUGGUCACAUUUUGCUAACAAAUAGAUUGAUAGUGAGGAACGGUUCCUAACGGGCCUCCUGUGUGGGUUCAGUCUACCUUUCAGCUAGCGCGUUCUGUCGACGAGCGCUCGAUGCCCGUCGGCACGGGGGAGGGAGACGAAAGUGUUGUGUUUGUUGGCGUCCGCCAUGUGCGAUGUUUGAGCCAGUGUACUUGUGCUUGUGUUUUCUGGCGUACCUAUCGAUAGUAGGAAGUAGAUUUAUUGUUGCAUGUUACCACUCCGGGCCGCCAGGCGAGCGCGAACUGUUUCAUAAUAUAACUAGGCCUUAUCAGAGUGCGCAGCGGAGUACAGCUACGGCGAAUCAUUGUAGGCAGGCGACACAGAGCUGGAGUAGACUGCCAUUCUGUGCUUUUCUCUUGUUGUCAUCGUGAAGUGGGGGUAGCGUGAGGGCGCUGGUCGCUGUGAAGAGAAGCAGUGACGAUUUGGGGAGACGGACAGCUCGGGAGAUAGGCGUGAGAGCCGCACAAAGCGUUCGCCCGCGCCGCUGUCGCGUGUACCAUAUGUGCUGAGUGGAGUUCGACUAUGGUGGUGUGCUGUAUAAUAGGUCUACAUACUGUGUACAUACAAACAACGUGUAGGACUAUGAAGCGAAUGUAAUAAACUGGAAAUAAGA